AUGUACAUAUCAGGAAAGAAAUCCAAAUCCAGCUCUCCGAUAAUCCAAGCUAGCCCUCUAAUUGCGACUGCGGCCUCUUCAUCAUCAGCCCUGCCUCCACCAUCGCCUCGGUGGACUGAACUGCCCGAUGAUUUGACGACGAAUAUCCUACAAAGAUUGGAUGCUGAAGAGAGGUUGAUUAGUGCGCAGCUAGUGUGUAGUACAUGGUGGAGAGUCUGCAAGAAUCCUGCCAUGUGGCGCGUCAUUGAUUUGGAUGCUCGACGGAAAUUUGAUGAUAAAUUUGAUAGUAUUUGCCGUUGUGCAGUGGAUCGUAGCCAGGGACAAUUGGCCGAGCUAAAGCUUUGCGAUUUAUAUGUGGUUGAGAUGCUAAACUACGUAGCCGAGCGAUCAUGCCAGCUUCGAUGCCUUACAAUUUUAGUGCUUGACAAUGAAGAUGGGUUUAAUGAAGCAAUAAAAAAACUGCCACAAUUGGAAGAGUUGCACCUUUUUUUGAAUAUGUCAGUGUUCGAUACUAAAGAUUUUGAAACGAUUGGCUUUGCUUGCCCAAGGUUGAAAUCAUUAACAUAUCACAACUGUUAUCGAAGGACGGAUAUGUUUUCAAAGCAUGUUGAGCAAAUUGGGAAAAGCAUGCCUAAUCUGUGCCAUCUCCGAAUUUGUGAAUAUUCAAUUGGGUAUAAGGGGCUGGAAGCGCUUGCCCAUGGCUGCAGCCGCCUCAAAUCACUUGAUCUUCGUUUAUGCCCCCUUCUUGAUUGUGGUAAAAGUUUUUCUGAGGAAAGAAAAGAUCGCUGGCAUUCGGACUCUAUGAUCAGUCUUGCGGAUUGGAUUAAGGAAUGGAAUGACUACUAUUACGACGAACAGCAAGAUAUUUUUCCUGGUUACUAUACUCGUGGUUGUGAUAUUUUUGAUAAUUACUGA